UGCGGGAGCGCGAGGAGCCGUCGCGGGCUGCGCGCCCUCGGCCGGACGGGCCGGGCUCCCACGCACAGCGCACCCGGUGCCCAUGGCCCUGAGCAAAGGGCUGCGGCUGCUGGCGCGGCUGGAGGCCACGGGCGAGAGCAGCGUGCUGCUGGAGGCGCGCGGCCGCGGCGACUGCCUGCUCUUCGAGGCCGGCACGGUGGCCACGCUGGCUCCGGAGGAGAAGGAAGUCAUUAAAGGACAGUAUGGCAAGCUCACGGACGCGUACGGCUGCCUGGGGGAGCUCAGGGUGAAAUCUGGUGGCGCUUCCCUGAGCUUCCUGGUGUUGGUGACAGGCUGCACGUCGGUGGGCAGAAUUCCAGAUGCAGAAAUCUUCAAAAUCACGGCCACGGAUUUUUACCCUCUCCAGGAGGAGGCCAAGGAGGAGGACCGGCUGCUGGCCUUGAGGAAGAUCCUCAGCUCGGGGGUGUUCUACUUCGCCUGGCCCAACGAUGGCUCCCGCUUUGACCUGACUGUGCGGGCGCAGAAGCAGGGUGACGACAGUUCUGAGUGGGGGAGCUCCUUCUUCUGGAACCAACUAUUGCACGUGCCCCUGAGGCAGCACCAGGUGAGCUGCUGUGACUGGCUCCUGAAGGUCAUCUGUGGGGUGGUGGCCAUCCGCACAGUGUACGCGUCACACAAGCAGGCCAAGGCCUGCCUCAUCUCCCGCAUCAGCUGUGAGCGUGCCGGCGCUCGCUUCCACACUCGAGGCGUGAACGACGAUGGCCACGUGUCCAACUUCGUGGAGACAGAGCAGACGAUUUACAUGGAUGAUGGAGUGUCGUCCUUUGUCCAGAUCAGAGGCUCGGUUCCACUGUUUUGGGAGCAGCCAGGGCUCCAGGUGGGCUCCCACCAUUUGAGGCUCCGCAGAGGCCUGGAAGCCAACGCCCCUGCUUUCGACAGGCACAUGGUACUUCUGAAGGAGCAGUACGGGAAGCAGGUGGUCGUGAACCUGCUGGGGAGCAGAGGCGGAGAGGAGGUGCUCAACAGGGCCUUUAAGAAGUUGCUCUGGGCCUCUUGCCAUGCUGGCGACACGCCUAUGAUCAAUUUUGACUUCCAUCAGUUUGCCAAAGGCGGGAAGCUAGAGAAAUUGGAGAACCUGUUGAGGCCUCAGUUAAAGCUACAUUGGGAUGACUUUGAUGUGUUCUCCAAGGGCGAGAAUGUAAGUCCACGUUUUCAGAAAGGCACUUUGCGGAUGAACUGUCUUGACUGCCUGGACCGAACCAACACCGUGCAGAGCUUCAUCGCACUUGAGGUCCUUCAUCUGCAGCUCGAGAGCCUAGGGCUGAAUUCAAAACCCAUUGUUGACCGCUUUGUGGAGUCCUUUAAAGCCAUGUGGUCUCUGAAUGGGCACAGCCUGAGCAAGGUGUUCACGGGCAGUAGGGCCCUAGAAGGGAAGGCCAAGGUAGGGAAGCUGAAAGAUGGGGCCCGGUCUGUGUCUCGCACCAUCCAGUCCAACUUUUUUGAUGGGGUGAAGCAGGAGGCCAUCAAGCUGCUGCUGGUUGGAGAUGUCUACAAUGAGGAGUCAACAGACAAAGGAAGGAUGCUCCUGGACAACACGGCCCUUCUGGUGACCCCCAGGAUCCUAAGAGCUAUGACAGAACGUCAGUCAGAAUUCACCAACUUCAAGCGGAUCCAAGUCGCCGUGGGGACCUGGAACGUGAAUGGAGGGAAGCAGUUUCGCAGCAACCUCCUGGGGACAGCAGAGCUCACAGACUGGCUGCUGGACGCGCCCCAGCUCUCUGGGGCUGCCAACAUCCAGGAUGACAGCAGCCCUACUGAUGUGUAUGCCGUGGGGUUUGAAGAGAUGGUGGAGCUGAGUGCAGGGAAUAUUGUCAAUGCCAGUACCACCAACAGGAAGAUGUGGGGCGAGCAGCUGCAGAAAGCCAUCUCACGCUCGCAUAGGUACAUUCUCUUGACCUCGGCACAGCUAGUGGGCGUCUGUCUGUAUAUCUUUGUACGUCCGUACCAUGUUCCGUUCAUCAGGGACGUGGCCAUCGACACGGUGAAGACUGGCAUGGGGGGAAAGGCAGGGAACAAGGGUGCCGUGGGCAUCCGCUUCCAGUUCCACAGCACCAGCUUCUGCUUCAUCUGCAGCCACUUGACAGCUGGGCAGUCACAGGUGAAGGAGAGGAACGAGGACUACAGGGAGAUCACCCACAAGCUCUCCUUCCCUGCGGGGAGAAACGUUUUUUCUCACGAUUAUGUGUUUUGGUGUGGCGAUUUCAACUACCGGAUUGAUCUCACUUAUGAAGAAGUCUUCUAUUUUGUUAAACGCCAAGACUGGAAGAAACUUCUGGAAUUUGAUCAGCUACACCUGCAGAAAUCAAGUGGAAAAAUUUUUAAAGACUUCCACGAAGGAGCAAUUAACUUUGGACCCACCUAUAAGUACGAUGUGGGCUCUGCUGCCUAUGAUACCAGUGACAAAUGCCGCACCCCGGCCUGGACAGACAGGGUACUGUGGUGGAGGAAGAAGCGUCCUUUUGAUAAAACAGCUGGAGAACUCAAUCUUCUAGACAAUGAUCUAGAUGGAGACACCAAAGUCAGACACACCUGGUCUCCCGGGACCCUCAGGUACUAUGGCCGAGCUGAGCUACAAGCAUCUGAUCACAGACCCGUGCUGGCCAUCGUGGAGGUGGAAGUACAAGAAGUCGACGUGGGUGCUCGGGAGAGGGUUUUCCAGGAAGUGUCCUCUUUCCAGGGCCCCCUGGACGCCACCGUUGUUGUAAACCUUCAGUCGCCAACCCUAGAAGAGAAAAGCGAGUUUCCCGAGGACCUGCGGGCUGAACUCAUGCAGACCUUGGGGAACUUUGGGACAAUUGUGCUCGUCAGGAUCAACCAAGGACAGAUGCUGGUGACAUUUGCAGACAGUCACUCAGCCCUCAGCGUCCUGGAUGUGGAUGGCAUGAAGGUGAAAGGCAGAGCGGUGAAGAUUAGACCGAAGACAAAGGACUGGCUGAAAGGUUUGCGAGAGGAGCUCAUUCGAAAACGGGACAGCAUGGCUCCUGUGUCCCCCACUGCCAAUUCCUGUUUGCUGGAGGAAAACUUUGACUUCACGAGCCUAGACUAUGAAUCAGAAGGGGAUGUUCUCGAAGAUGAUGAAGACUAUUUGGUGGAUGAGCUCGUACAGCCUGUGGUCUCAGACAGUGAGCUGGGGGGAGACGACCCUCCUGAUGCCCCCAGCACUACAGCGGUGGCACCUGCCAGCAAGUCUCCAGCACUAACCAAAAAGCAGCACCCGACGUACAAAGACGAUGCUGACCUGGUGGAGUUAGAGCAGGAGCUGGGAGCCAUCGGAGAUUUCCGCCACCGUUCUCCAAGCAGGUCUCUGUCAGUUCCCAGUAGGCCUCGGCCACCUCACCCACCACAGAGACCCCCCCCUCCAACUGGUUUAAUGGUGAAAAAGUCAGCUUCAGAUGCAUCCAUCUCCUCCGGCACCCAUGGGCAGUAUUCAAUCUUGCCGACAGCAAAACUUUUGCCUGGAGCACCUCGGCAACCCCCCAAAGCUAGGACUGGAAUAAGUAAACCUUACAAUGUCAAGCAGAUCAAAACCACCAAUGCGCAGGAGGCAGAAGCAGCAAUCCGAUGUCUCCUGGAAGCCAGAGGAGGCGUCCCAGAAGAAGCCUUCAAUGCCAUGGCCCUGAGAGACCAAGGAUCCUCCAAACUAGAGGCCAGACCUGAGCCCUCCCAAGUGCCCCCACUCCUGCCCCAGCGGCCUGCACCCAGGGUUCCUGUCAUCAAGAAGCCAACCUUGAGGAGGACGGGAAAGCCCAUGUCACCAGAAGAACAGUUUGAGCAACAGCCUGUCCAUUUUAUAGUCGGAGACCCAGAGACAAGCCUUGAAGCCCCUCUUCCGGCUACAGCCCCUCGAGUCCCUCCUGUUCCCAAGCCAAGAACAUUUCAGCCCAGUAAAGGUGACGAGAGGAGGCCCAGCAGUGGAAAGCCAGUGCCAGAUGAAGCCCCUCUUAUGGCAGGAGCCACCAUGCCACCUGCUCCAGAGGCUCCAUCUCUGGUGCCCAGGGUGCCCCCAAGGAGGAAGAAGUCUGCACCAGCAGCCUUCCACCUGCAGGUUCUGCAGAGCAACAGCCAGCUCCUCCAAGACCUCACCUGCAGCAGCAGCAACGGCAGCAGUAGCAGCAGCAGCAGCAGCAGCAGCUGUCUAUCCGGACCCCAGCCCGACACUGAUAAUCUCUUUCCACAAGUGGGUUUUCUUGGCACUACAUCUGCCACAAGCCUAGAAACUGAUAGCUCCAGAGUAAUGAAGCCAGAAGCAGCCUCCCUUCUUGGUGAUUAUCCGGAUCCCUUCUGGAACCUUCUCCACUACCCUAAGCUGUUGAAUAAUGCCUGGCUUUCCAAGAGCUCUGAUCCUUUGAAUGCAGGGGCCAGGAGCCCUGAGAAGGCACCCAGAGACCCAGCACAGGUCAGCGCUUCAGAAGCUGCUGAGGGCAAGAUGCCAUUAGACCAUGGGGGAGAAACCUUUGGUCACUGGGUGACCAUCAGUGACAAAGACAAGAGGACGACACUGCAGGUGUUUGACCCACUGGCAAAAACAUGACAGACAACUCUGAAGGCACUCCUUCGCAGAAUGGAGCCCUUCUUCCCCAUAGGCAAGGCUUGAGCAGGGCAAAGCAGACAUUUAUUUAAAGGCACACUGAAAAGAACAUUAGUGCAUCUGUCACUCUUGUGUAGUUUACGACAACUCUUUUUUCAAUAAGAUUGUUCAGCUAUGAAUAUGGUUUAUUCAAGAUUUGUGCAUUUUAAAUUUGCUCACAGGGGAACAGGAUGACUCCUGUUAGGUUCAGUGUGUGAAUUUUAAGGAAGGAAAUCUAGCUAUAAGGCCCAAGAAAUUCUCUCCCGUUGAAUUUUAAAUGGUUGUUCAAAUUUUAUGUGUACGUAGUAGAGUUCUUGUUUCAUGUUGUUUGUAUUUUACAGAUUUGGAAUAACUCUUAGGUGACCCACCUGAAAGUUGAUGCAUAAAGGAUGAUACUAAAAGUAGUUGGGAACAGUAAAAGUUGUUCCUGGCCCACUUUAAACCAGGUUUUAAACAUCAGAGAUGGACACGACACUUGGUCAACCAAAUGUCUAGACUUGUAUGUUCCCAUGAGCCCUUGUUUAUUUAGAUAGUCCUUCCUAUCUGCAGGUUCUUUAGCCACAGACUUGACCAACCACUCAACAAAACUAUUGUUUAAAAACUGCACAUGUACUGAACACACCAGACAUUUUUCUUGUCAUUAUUCUCUAAACAUUAUACUCUAACAACUAUUUGCACAGCAUUUAUGCUUUAUUAGGUAUUAUAAGUAAUCUUGAGAUAAUUUAUGGGAAGACACGCAUGGGCUUAUGUGCAAAUAUUAUGCCACUUUAUAUAGGAGACUUAUGCAUCUGUGGAUUUUGGUGUCUAAGAGGGUCCUUGAAGUGAUGCCCAAGAAUUCUAAGAGGUGCCCCUGAUUAUAUGUAAAUCUCAUGGGAUUUACACUAUCUUGGUUCUAAAGCAUACACCAUUAGCUUACCCUCAGUUUAAACUAGCCGAAGACUCCUGGACCAUGUCUUAGACACUGCAUGCCCUUUAAACUGCUGUGGUCUUGAGCUGUGGUGUGCUGUUCACAGCAGGUGGUAUCCACCCUCUGGUCCUUAUUAACUGAAACCUCAUGGACUCUUUCUUCCCCUUGUAUUCCAAAUCCCAUGAAGGCACCAAAUGUGAAAACUCAUCCUGGCACAUAUAAUAUUUUCGUUGUUAUUUGUUUCAACUUAUCUACCUGGUUGUGGCUUUAGGAAGGAAAGAAUUCUGUGUCCCUGUAUAUAACAAUUCCCAGGGCAUUAUAUCUGGGUUUGCUUAUCUGUUUAUUAGGUUUAUUUUUAUUUUUUUCUGUAUGUUUUUCCUACACAUUUCCAACACAACUUCUCAAAUAUUCAAGAAUUGAGAUCACCGUACUGUUUCAUAUUUUAAGAUCAAUGUUAUAAGGUCUAGAAUUCAUUUGGAGCAGAUAUACUAUUGCUUAGAAUAAGUUCACCAGUAAAAUCUCACCGAGUCACCUGCCAUAUUUAGGUCUUUCACAUGACCAAUCACAGCAGUGAUACUGUUGUCCCUUAUGCAGCACAGGGGGCAUCCUGUACCAAAUGCUAUUGGCUGGGAUGAUCAUGGUCAUCUUACCUAGGAUAUACUACUCUUCAUUACCAAUAAGACCUCUGAGAUUUUUGGAUUUGUUUUUGUUGUCACUGUCAACAGACAGUAAGUCAUAUCUGGUUCUCAAACAAAAUUUUGUGUAUAUCACUCCUUCUGAAAAUUAACAAAAAUCAGUGUCCCACAGAGAUGAACAGGUACACAGUUGAGCAGUCACAGAAGAUGUUGAUUAGGUGAUCAGAGUGCCAUUGAUGGCACUUACAUACUUGAAAGGAUUAUGUUGUCCACUUCUUGUUUGUUACAGAGGUAAAAAUCAUAUAGAGUAAAGGGGAGAAAGCAAGAUGGGUUGCUUGGAGAAGUUAAAUGAUUGGCCAAGAUGCACAUCGCUACUAACAGGUAAAAUCUGGAACAGAAUUGAAGAUUUCUUCAUUCAAAUGCUGUUUUCCCUGUACCCUCUUUUCCCACCAAAACCAAAACAACAAUAAAAGACCACAGGCAAAUUUGAAAGCAGAUAUAUUUUACAACCAGUCAGAAAAGCAGAGGGAAUCAGCCCCACAAAAGCUGCUUGCAAGAGGUGGGCAGUGGGCCUAAUCUGUAGGUCUUUCCUUGUUCUAGAUACUAGCAAAUAGCAAAUGAAUGGUACAGAACAAAAAGGUAAAGUUCCAUUAAGACAAGUGCUCAUCAGACAGGUCACUCUUGAGAUCUGAUGGUUACUGUUAACACAGAAAAUUUUGUUGAUCUAGGAAUUCAAGAAAAUUUACAAGUAAAGAAUUGACCAGGGGGCUGGGGUUGUGGCUCGGCAGUAGAGCGCUCACCUGGCACGUGCAGGACCCUGGGUUCGAUCCUCAGCACCACAUAUAAAUAAAUAAGUGAAAUAAAGGCAUUGUAUCCAACUACAACUGAAAAAUAAAUCUUAAAAAAAAAAAAAGAAUUGACCAAGUAUUAGUGGAUCAUGGGUGUUCACAUUUAGUGAACAAUAUAUACUGGAUUUUGAGUUGGCAAUAUGUAUGGUCCUCACACCAGAGUUCUUUUAAGAAUGGAAGAAAAUUGGAAUAGCUUCAUCUAUUUUCUUAAAUCAAUGUUUAUUAGCUGGAAGGUUUGUCAAGUUAGCAGCAGAGUCUGUUAAAUAACCUUGAUCAUGACCAGCUGCCUCGGAAGGGAUUUCAUUUUUUUUUUUUUUUUUUUGGUCUGCUGUGAUGCUACCAUAAGGACUUCUUCUUAUGACCUAUGGUUCCAUUACCGCUGUUCUGUAACAUAGUGGAAGUAGAGUGCUUAGUAGCAUACUCACCAGUCAGCAUUGGCUCUCUGACCACAAGUCUAGUCCCUUUUAAAACAAUCUCAGACUUCUUGCCCAUUUUUAGAAUUUGUUCUGGUAAGUGACUGAAAUCAGGACAUCUGUCCAAGCAAUGCCUGAAAAUGUUGAAAGUUGUUAAAAGUUCAAGAUACUUAAUAAAACUGACAUAUGUAUAAGUAGAAACAAAGUAUGUAUUAAAAACUUCAUGAGUGAUGAAGGAACACUGCAAAGGUGAUUGAUUGUGGGGAAUGAGUGAUUAAUAAAAACCCCAUAAUAUUUUUUGAAGUGGUAAAUUUGUACUGAUGUUGUACAGAAUAUCUAUUAAAUAUUUUUGUCUUUUUAA